AUGGGUUUCCAGAAGAAGACCGGCAAGGGCCGUCUGGACAAGUGGUACAAGCUUGCCAAGGAGAAGGGCUACCGUGCCCGUGCCGCGUUCAAGCUCGUCCAGCUCAACAAGAAGUAUGGCUUCCUCGAGAAGAGCAAGGUCCUGCUGGAUCUCUGCGCCGCCCCCGGCUCCUGGUGCCAGGUCGCCGCCGAGGCCAUGCCCAAGAACAGCUUGAUUGUCGGUGUCGACCUGUCGCCCAUCAAGGCCAUCCCCGGCGUCAUCACCUUCCAGUCCGACAUCACCACCGACAAGUGCCGCGCCACCAUCCGCCAGCACCUCAAGACCUGGAAGGCCGACACCGUCCUCCACGACGGUGCCCCCAACGUCGGUACCGCCUGGGUCCAGGACUCCUUCAACCAGGCCGAGCUCGCCCUGCAGUCCAUGAAGCUGGCCACCGAGUUCCUAGUCGAGGGCGGUACCUUUGUUACCAAGGUCUUCCGCUCCAAGGACUACAACUCCCUGCUCUGGGUCUUCAACCAGCUCUUCACCAAGGUCGAGGCCACCAAGCCCCCCUCGUCGCGUAACGUCUCCGCCGAGAUCUUCGUCGUCUGCCGCGGUUUCAAGGCCCCCAAGAAGAUCGACCCCAAGUUCCUGGACCCCAAGUCCGUCUUCGCUGAGCUGGCCGAGCCCGCGCCCAACAACGAGGCCAAGGUCUACAACCCCGAAGUCAAGAAGCGCAAGAGAGGCGGUUACGAGGAGGGUGACUACACCCAGUACAAGGAGCUGCGCGCCAGCGAGUUCAUCCAGACAAUCGACCCCAUUGCCAUACUGGGCUCCUACAACAAACUAUCCUUUGACCAGCCCGCCAAUGGCGAUGUCGCCUUGGCUGCACUCGACAAGAUGCCCGAGACUACAGGCGAGAUCAGGACGUGCUGCAACGAUCUCAAGGUGCUCGGGAGGAAAGAGUUCAAGAUGCUGCUGAGGUGGAGGUUGAAGGUCCGCGAGAAGUUUGGCUUCCCGACCAAGAAGACCACCGACGCCAAGGCCGCCGCUGAAGCGGCUGCUGCCGAGGCCACCGAGGAGGCCGAGGUGGAGUCUAUGGACGAGGAGCUCAAGAUCCAGGCGGAACUUCAAGCUCUGAAAGACAAGGACAGCACCAAGAAGAAGCGUGAAAAGCGGAAGGAGAAUGAGAAGAAGCAGCGAGAGAUUGUUCGUAUGCAGCUGAACAUGAUGGCUCCUAUGGAUAUUGGCAUGGAGGAGGCUGGCCCCCGCGGUCAGGACGCCAUGUUCGCGCUCAAGCCUAUUGACAAGCUCGAAGCCACGAACAAGAUCGUGAAAGGCAAGAUGGCCGUCAUCAGUAAUGCGGACGCCCGGAAAGACCGGGACAGCGGCAUCGGCUCGUCGGGGGAGACGGACGAUGAGUCUGAUGAGGAGGAGGAUCGCCUAGAACGGGAGCUGGACGGUCUGUACGACCAAUACAGAGAAAAGAAAGCCGACAGAGACGCCAAGUACCGUGCAAAGAAAGCAAGACAAGAACACGACGAUGGCGAAUGGGAAGGUGUUUCGGGAGACGAAGCCGCCUCCAGCGGCGACGACAUGGAGUUUGACCAAGACAGCAGCGACGACUCUGAUGAUGAGGACGCCGCACCGUCGAAGCGGUUAGUGACGGACCUGGACAAUACACCAACCGAAGCAGGAGGUCUAUCGAAGCGAGCAAAGGGUUUCUUCAACCAAGACAUCUUCAAGGAUAUUCCUGGGAUUCUUGAUGAACCCGAGGCAGAGGUUGCGUCAGAGUCUGACGCGGACAUGGCAGAUGAUCACAAGCAAGGAAAGCCAGCGCCCGCAGAGAAGAAGACGCCCACCAAGAAGACCAAGGGGAAGCCCGUCGAACCUGUCGAGCAGUCAUCUGCCUCCGAGGGUGAAGACGAAGAUGCCGCCGGGUUUGAGGUAGUCAAGAACCAGGAGCCAGAAGACGACUGGGAAGAUAAGGACAAGAGGCUCCCCGAUGGUCGCCUAGACAUCGACAUCAUCACAGCCGAGGCCAUGACACUUGCACAUAACCUUGCAACGGGCCAAGUCACCAAGCACGAUGUGAUGGACGACGGCUUCAACAAGCGUGCCUUCAUGGACCGAGACGGCCUGCCCGAUUGGUUCAUCGAGGAUGAGUCAAAGCAUGACAGACCGCAAAAGCCCAUCACGAAGGCCGCUGCUGCGGCCAUCAAGGAAAAGCUACGAGCCUACAACGCGCGCCCGAUCAAGAAGGUGCGCGAAGCCAAGGCCCGCAAGAAGUUUAAGGAGGGACAGCGCCUGGAGAAGUUGAAGAAGAAGAGUGCCCUUCUUGCGGACGGCGAGGGCAUGACGGAGAAGGAGAAGGCCGAGAGCAUCGCAAAACUCAUGUCCAAGGCCAAGAGCAAGAAGCCCAAGGACAAGGUCAAGGUCGUCGUGGCCAAGGGUGUCAACAGAGGUGUCCAGGGUAGGCCGAAGGGCGUCAAGGGUAGAUACAAGAUCGUGGAUGCUAGGAUGAAGAAGGAGAUGAGGGCGAUGAAGCGCAUAGCAAAGCGCAAGUAG